CCUAACCCUAGGCGCUGAACCCUGAAACACAGCGAGCGGAUGGCAACCCUACUGUAAUAGUUACAAAGCUGUGCUGGGGCUGCUCCUUUGUUUCGCUCAGAUUUUUCGCUCGCAGUUUCAGUUUCAGUUGUUGCUGUGCGCGCUCCCACUAACGGUCCGAGGCUAACGCAACAGCAACAACAACAACAAUCAGAACAAGAUAGAACUUGAACGAAACGCACAAAAGCAUGCAACGGUAAAUUGCAUUGUCGUCUGUCAAGGACAAAACAAAACGCUCUCUGCUUAGCUAAGUGAGAGUGUGUGUGUGUGAAGAAGCAGCAGCAGCAGCAGAAGCAGCAAAAGGAUAACAACAAAAUGUGGCACAAAUAACGGGACAGCAAAGUAUCCAAAACGAAAAAAAGGUUAAAAGAAACGAUAGAAAACCAAAACAAAAGGAGAACAAAUCACACAGGAGGCUGCGAAAAGAGAGAGUGUGUGUGUGUGUGAGGAAAGGACACCCCUCUCCUCCACCGCCCUUGCCCCCCCUCCCUCCUCACUCGACGGAGCGCGGACAUUUGGCGCCAGCAAGGACUGAGGCAGAGGCAGAGGCAGAGGCAGAGACUGAGACUGCGGCAGAGGCAGCGCAACCGAGACUGACUGAGAACCAUUGCCAUGUGGUUUCACGCCCCCCCGCUCUCAUCAUCCAUCGCCUCUGCUCCCCCUUCGGCUCCCGCUCGCCAUCGCUCUCUGCCACCGCUGGUGCAGUGGCUCCGCCCAAUCCUCCUCCUGGCCCUGCUGCCAUCCAACGUGACGGCUCGAUUCUGUGAGGGCUGCAGUCAGGGCUGUUGCACGCAGGGCUGCUGUCCGCCGUACCAGGGCGGACCACGCCCCCUGCCGCCACCCUCGGAGCACGUUCUCAAUCUGUUCUUCAUCAGUCACUGGUUCUUCUGGUGCGUCGUUGUGGCCAUUAUCCUGGCCAUAUUAUGCGCCUAUUCACUGUGGAAGAAGCGGAGAACCCUCUGCGGUUGGGGCUUCAACGAGCAUCACACUCAGUCCGAGGGCGAUUCCGCCGGAUCCUGCUAUGCCCCGCCCCAGUACAGUCGCUGCAAUUCAUUCCACCAUCCGCCGCCGCCAUACACAGAGGUCACCUCGAAACCGGAUCUCUAUCCGCUGGUGUUCACCUGCAACAGUGAUGCCGGGAACGGCAAGGGCAACGGCAGCUCCAGCUACUUGAUGGUCCAGUAUUUCCGGAACUACAUUGUCCGGCCGGCGGCGGGGGGAUCCUUGAGCGCCGCCAGCACAGUGGACUCGUUAAGUUCCAGCUUCAUUUGUAAUGCCAACGAGGCCAAUACCCUGGUGCCGCCACCCUACUCCCGCGCAGCCAGUCCGGAACUGGGACUGCAUCAUUAUGUGGCCCAUGCCCAUGCCCACAAUGGACACCUACGCUCCCUGGAUCAGCAGCAGAUACAGCAUCAACAGCAGCAGCAGCAGCAGCAACUCCAGCAUCAGCAUCAGGCAGCUCCCAUGGCCACGGUGCACUAUGGCGGGAUGCCCCGAUCCGCCUCCCAGCUGGUGGACGCAGAUGCCUAUCAGCCCCGCAUGAUGAUGCCCGCCCAGGCGGCCCAGCACUAUGCCACCGUGGCCCUGGGCACGUCCCCGGGCGGGGGAGCCUUGUACAGCACUCGGUUGCAUGCCUCCCAUGACGAGGGCAUGGGCGUGGGAGGAGGCGUCGGCGUCGGCGUCGGCGGCGGUGGAUAUCUGCAAUCGCAGAGCGAUCAGCACUUCCGAUAUUUGGCCAACAGCAGUAGCAGUCUGAGCGACAUCUUUGUGAACAACAGUUGUGUGGCGGGUAUGCUACCCGAGAGUCUCGGCGGAGGAGGAGUAGGAGGAGGAGGAGGCGGCGGAGGAGCUGGAGGAGCCUCACAGAGCACCGAGAGUGGGGCAGCCACACAGGCCGCCUCCCUGAACAGCCUGGCGAUGGGUGGCGGCGUCGGUGGGAUGGGACAUGGCUCCUCCGGUGGCCUAGGAACACCGGUGAUCUACAGUAAUGGCUGCAUCCAGCCGAAUCCCUUGCACAGCCUGGAGAACUGCUGCCAGCCCUCGGCCCAGGCAUCGGGCGUGAGCAGUUUGGCCAAUAUCGGAACACCGGGAUCACCUCCCCAGGCCACCAGUCCGACGGGUGAAGUGCGCGAGAUUCUCGACCAGAUACGACAGCUCCAGGCCGGGGUCAGUUACGAGCAACUGCUUCUAAACGGAGGAGGAGGUGGAGCAGGAGGAGGAGCUGGCGGAGGAGGAGCCAAGCCACGUCUACAACACACGCUAUCCACGCCCUCGAAUUCGCAGCAAACCAUGCCGACGAUGCAGCCCAUCCUGACCACAUCCGCCUCGAGCGGCAGCGGGAAGAGCAAAAAGUUCUUCUCCACAUCCUCGUCCUCCGGCAGCAAGACGAACAAAGCCCUCUACAUCCCAAUGGCGGCGAUCGGAGCCACGGGCUCUGGGGGAUCCGGCGCCCAGAGAUGCGUCCUCAAGAGUCCCGUCAGCAGUGUGGUCAGUGGCGCCAGCUUUUUUGUGAAUCGCGGCCGGGUGGCCAGGAAGGGAUGGAUCACCCGCUCAGCUCCAACUACUCCGGGCAGCGCCCUGCCGCCAAAUCGAUUGGGAGACGAUAGUCCCUUGCUCCUCAACGAGCACGACGAGGAUGCCAUCGAUGAUGAGGACGAGCCGGACGAGGAGGAGGACGACGAUGAUGAGGAGAAUCAGGACGAGGAGAUGGAUACGGAUACGGAUAUGGAGACAGAGGCGAUGGCCAGGAAUCAUCGCCGGCAGCAGCAGAGGCGACUUCAUCGCCAGCAUCGCCAUCAUCGCGGUCAGCUUGAAUAAUAGUGGGUGUUGUGGUCGUUAGAGUUUCCCGAUUCCUUGGAGUCCUGGGAGUCAUUCAGUAGUUGUUGUUGUAGCUCAAGGUUCUCCCCUAGGAUUAAGCUUUUAAAAGAACGAGGAUGUCUGGCAGCCAGCACGCUUUCUAGUCUGAGGAUCGAGAAUUCCAAAUGGAAGGGGAUGAGGUGGAUCGGUUAGGUUUUAGAAUUCGUAGCCUAAAAAAAAAUUAAAAAAUAUAUAAUGUUCUGGAAAGUAUUUCAAAAAACCAGCAGUCCCUUUAAUGAUUUCCCUUAAAAAAAAAUGUUUUUUAAAAUAAAAAAUCUGGUUUAGAUUUUUAUUUUUCCUGAGAAACAUAAAAAAUAUAUUUAUACGAAAACUAUUUUUCGAAAAAGCGUUUUCCAAAUAUUUCAAAAAGCUUCAAAAAAUAACUUAACUCUUAAAUUUAAAUUGCUUUAAAAAUCAGUAUUAUGGAAAAUAUAUUCGAAAUUCAAUUUAUAAUUAACAUUAAAAUUAUCUUGAUGUAGUUCCUCCUUUUUCAACAUUUUUCGAAAUUAUAUAUAUUUGUUGAGCUUCCAUGAUAGCUAAACAUUACAAAUUAUAAAUUAAAAAUAAAUUGAAAAACAAAAUAAUUUAGCUAUUGAAAAUAAUUAAUAAAUAGUUUAUUUUUUGUGUGAAAUUGUAACAAAAAAAUAAGAUAAACUCAGGUUUCAUAAUGGUUUUUUUGUAUUAUUAAUUAAUAUUAUUAAUUUAUAUAUAUUUUUAAAUGUUGUGUGUUCAUCCUUAAUUUUAUUUAAAUUUUUGUUUUGAAGAAUUUUAAGAAAACGACAAAUUGCACAAAAGAUUUCAAUAAUAAACAAAAAAUAGGCUAAAUGGUAUAAUUAAUGAAUUAAUUCAUUAAAUGGGCGACAGAGUUUCCUAAAAAAUUAAAAAAUAAAACCAAAUGCAUUGAAAAUUAAAUGUUUUUUGUAAAGAAAUAAUUAAGUUUUAAGAAGAGCAAAAUGAAAACUUACAUGAAAAUUAAGACAGACACUUUACACUUACAGAAAAAACUGCUUAGAAUUAGCAAACAAAAAUAAAAAACUGUGCAGGCAUUCGGUUGGAAAUUAAGGAUCAAAUACUAAAAAUGCAAAAAUUUCAAAAUAAAAAUUAAUUAAUAAAAAAUAAAGAGAAUAAAACUAAAUGAGACUAAGGGGCUAAGAUCUGGGGGAAGAGGAAAGGAAAAGUUUGAAUGCAGCAGUGCCUUUUCAAUUAAAACCAAAAAAAAAGAAACGAAAAUCACACAAAAAUACAAAAACACAAUACAAACACUGGAAAAAAUACUUAAAACAUAAAACAAUAACUUUGAAAACAGGAAAAAGACACAGACACAGGAAACAAUCCAAUGAACAAGGCAAUACUUACAAACUCUGCUUAAGCAUUAGAUAUAAAAACAGUAAAAAAAAAUUAA